AUGGAAAUUCAAUUAUUAAAAAGAUUGAAGUCUGAUAUACAAUUGCAACUAAAGUGGUUAACUUAAACUAAAUUUAAUGUAAGAUUUGAUAUUAAAAAUUGAUUAGACUAUUAUAACCAUGAAAUCAUAAUGUAAAUACUUGUAAGCUAGCAUUCGCGCCCUUGAAAUGUUAUAUUCAAAUUCAAUAUCAACACCUUAUUUUUAUUAAAAAUUAUAAGAAUAUGAAACAUUAACUUUUAAUUUUGAAUUUAAAAGAGAUAGAAUAUUGAAGGCUAAAUAAUAAUUACUUGGUGCUAUGUUGAAAACAGAAGAAAAGAUAGAAGAUCCUAAAACAAUUGUGUAGUUUAUUGCUUUUGUUGAAAAUUUAGUUGCUUUUGCUGAAACUCAUUAUAUUUCAAUAAAAGAGUUUUCAAGAGUGAUGCAUUAAUAAUUAAAUGAAAAACAAGAAGUAAAAAUAGAAAUCAAUAAAAUUAAUGAACAUUUAGUUACAUUGAAUAAACUAUAAUUAUAGAAUAGAUAAAUGCUUUUAAAGCUUCCCUUACAUUAAAUGAAAUAAGAAGAUGAUGAUAAUUAAAAUAAAGAAGAUGAAGAAGAAAUAUUAGAAUCAUCUAAUUAAUAAGUGGAAGAUGUUUAAUAAAUUGAAUAUUAAAAAUAAGAUCAAAUAACUUAAUAGAAUAUAUAGAUUGAAAUAGAAUAAUAAGAUGAGAAUAUAAGUAAUGAAAUUUAAAUUGAGGAUAUAUAAAAAUUGGAAAAUUAAAUUGAUGAUUAAAUUCAGAAAGAAUAGUAAAAUUAGUAAACAUAAAAAAUAAAGCCUGAUAUAUCUGUGAUAAAAGUAACAGAGAAGAUGGCAGUAAAUUAGUUUUAAAUUUAAGAAACUCUAAGCAAUGGUAUAUGAGAGCCUAUAUGGGAAAAAAUAGAUUGAAGAGUAACAGGAUGAAAAACAACUCAUAAUUUUAGAUCGACCAAUAAGAAAAGUUCGUCCUGCCACUCGAAAAUAGUUAUGA